AUUUUUCAGUCAUUUCUCAGACCAUUUUCUGAACUAUUUUCAUUACAAACUAUUGGAUGCUUGCUUAAAACUGUGAUGGCUGUUUUCACAAAUAUGCAUGUAUCUUGGUUUGACCGGUUUGUUCUUGGAGUACUUCGAAAAUAUUUUUUUUCUAUAAAUGAACCACCACAAGUAAUUACAACCGGCAAUAUUGUAUUUUUUUCUGGAAAAUAUGUUAUUGAAAAUUCUGAUCAGUGUCUUACUGUUGGAUAUGCAAGCAUUUCCACAUCCGUAACUCGUGUUUCAAAAAAAGUUGAAAGUUUUAUUCAUUUUGGAGUAGAAUGUCUUGAGUAUAAUCUAGUUACUAAUACAGCUAAUAUUAAAAUGCAAGUAACUGUCCUUUAUCACUCUCAAUCAAAAAGGUUUGAAAAAUAUUUAGGUCCUUUCGGAUCUUAUAUUAAAUUAGAUAAUACAUACCUUAUUUCUGGGCUUAUCAAGUUUUCAAAAUCGGGAAAAAUUAUAGUAGAGGCAACUGAAAUUGAUCAUUUAACAACCUUAAAUAAUACUAUGCUUGAAAGUUCUUCUUCAACACUAUCUGGCACUAGAUUAAUUAUUAACAUCAUUGCUGAUGAUAUUGAAUCUCGAAACCAAGAACCUAUGACUUCAGUUAAAUAUAAUAUUAGUGCUACUUUUGAAGACCUGGAAGUUAGUAAUAAUACAAAAAGUAGUCCAUCUCAAAAUAAAAAAAAAAAACAAUCAAAUUACGAAGAUAAAGAAAUUAUUAACUUAGAUGAAGAUGAAAGUACAGAAAAUAAGUAUGAAGAGCGUGAAGAAAAUCAUCAACCUAAGAGAAAAAAAAAAAUUAUUGAAGCGAACAAUAAGGGGAAAAAAAGAAA